AUUUAAGUCAAGAUUUUAAUCACUAAAUGAAGGGCAGAGUCAUACCUGAGUACAAAAUUGUGGUCGUCGGGGAUAGCGCCACGGGAAAAACCUCGUUUAUUAAGAGACAUCUCACUGGAGAAUUUGACAAAUCCUAUAAAGCCACUGUUGGAUAUGAGAUUCACCCAAUUCCAUUCUACACUAGCUCAGGAGAUAUCAAACUUACUGUAUGGGACACAGCAGGGCAGGAGAGCUUUGGAAAAUUAAGAGACAGCUACUUUCUAGGAGCUAAUGGAGCUAUCAUAAUGUUUGAUAUCUGAUGUCGGAUAACUUACCAAAAUGUUGGAAAAUGGUAUAAAGAUUUAACCAGAGUAUGUCCCAACGCUUAUUUAGUCCUCUGUGGAAACAAGGUAGAUGCAAAAGAAAGAAAAGUAAAACCAAAGCAUAUUAUUUUCCACAGGAAGUACAAUAUCCAAUACUAUGAUAUUUCAGCUAAAACUUACUACCAAUACGAAAAACCAUUCCUGUACUUACUAAGACGACUCACCAACAAAACAGACCUCUACCUCGAAGAGCAGCCCUCUCUAGCACCACCAGAGACCGAAAUGGACACAGUCCACAUCGAAAGCCUCGCACAAGAGCUAGGAGAGGCUGACACCACUGAUCUUCCAGAUUCAGAACGCUAA